CGCUGCCCGGCCCCCCGCCGCUCGCCGCAGACCCGCGCACGCACAGGGGCAGCCGGGCGCUUGAGCCAUGAUUGCCGCGGCUUUCCUGGUCCUGCUGAGACCCUACAGCAUCCAGUGCGCCCUCUUCUUGCUCCUGCUGCUGCUGGGGACCAUUGCCACGAUUUUAUUCUUCUGCUGCUGGCACCGCAGGCUCCAGAAAGGGAGGCAUCCCAUCAAAUCCGUCUUUUCAGGUCGCUCAAGGAACCGAGAUGCUGUCAUGAGAACUCAUCACUUUCGCUCUGAGGGCUUUAGGUCAAGUCCUCGUCAUGCUCGAAGACGUGUAGCACCUCGCCUUGAGGAAACACAACCUAUAGUGGAAGCUCACCAUCUAAGUGAGCAGGAAACUUCUGUAAGAAAAAGAAAAAUCAAGAAAAGCAGCCGAGUCCAACCAGAAUUUUACCAUUCUGUUCAAGUUACCCCAACUCGAAAGCCUAGCUCCGGCAACGCGUCCUACCGAUGCUCCAUGUCGUCCUCCGCCGAUUUCUCCGAUGAGGAGGACUUCAGCCAGAGGUCGGGGACGGUGUCGCCGGCGCCGGGGGACACGCUGCCCUGGAACCUGCCUAAACAUGAGCGGUCCAAGCGGAAGAUCCAAGGCGGCUCCGUGCUGGACCCCGCCGAGCGGGCCGUACUGCGCAUCGCCGAUGAGCGGGACAAAGUACAAAAGAAGACGUUCACAAAAUGGAUAAAUCAGCAUCUCAUGAAG